GAGCAGGUGAUCCAGGCGGCUGGGCAUCGACUUCCCCUACUUGUCAUGGCCUUGGCCUCCUUCGCGGUGUCGCCCCCAAUCGCCGCCUGCGCCGCCGUCCUCCGCCGCGCCAUGUCGUUCUCCUCCGUCUCCGCUGCGUCGCAGACGAGGGUGGGUGUGGUGCAGAUGACCUCCGUGGGGGACCUCGACGCCAACUACGCCACCUGCUCCCGCCUCACCAAGGAAGCUGCUGCUGCCGGAGUCAAAUUUCUUUGCUUCCCUGAGGUCUUCUCCUUCAUAGGAUCCAAGGAUGGCGAGUCUGUUAAGCUAGCCGAACCAUUAGAUGGCCCAAUAAUGCAGAGAUAUUGCUCACUUGCAAAUGAGUCAAGUAUGUGGUUGUCUCUUGGAGGGUUUCAAGAAAGGGGCCCAGAUGAUUCGCACCAGUACAACACUCAUGUAUUAAUCGAUGAAUCUGGAAAAGUUAGGAGCUCAUACCGGAAAAUUCAUUUGUUUGAUGUGGAUGUACCUGGCAACAUGGUGUAUAAGGAAAGCCGUUUCACGACAGCAGGUGAUACCGUCGUAGCGGUGGAUAGCCCUUUUGGACGAUUGGGCCUUACUGUUUGCUAUGAUUUGAGAUUUCCAGAGCUUUACCAAUGUUUGCGUUUUAAGCAUCAAGCUCAGGUCUUGCUCGUACCAUCUGCAUUCACAAAGGUAACUGGGGAAGCACACUGGGAAAUUCUCCUUCGUGCUCGUGCAAUUGAGACACAAUGUUAUGUUAUUGCUGCGGCUCAAGCUGGAAAACACAAUGAGAAAAGAGAAAGCUACGGCGAUUCUAUAAUUAUUGACCCAUGGGGAACAGUUAUAGCUCGACUUCCAGAUCGACUGUCCACUGGAUUUGCAGUAGCAGAUAUCGACUUGUCAAAAGUUGAGGCUGUGCGAACCAAAAUGCCAAUCUCUGUGCACCGCAAGUUUGAGAGCAUCUGGAAGUCCUCAUCACUAUAAUAGUUGAAGGUGGUCUUGCACGCUUCGCCGCUCUUAUUCUCACAUUCCGGAGAUUCUUCUUUUGUGUAUAAUAACUGCCAUUUUGUUCACAAGAUGGUCCAGUUCGAUUGGGAUUUCCAGUGAGACAUGUCAUAGAACUAAAUAAGCUACAACUGUAGUAGCAUAUCUAGUAAAUAGGGCAUAUCCAAACAUGGCUCAGAGCACCUUAUGACUUGGUUUGAGAUGGCUUCUACCUCAGCUUAUGGUCCAGAUAAACCAGAAGCCGUUCCAAACCCAAAGCUUAGGAACAGCUUAGGUUGUGUUUGAUUGGGCCUUAGGGUCUUUUAAGCCAAAAGCUCAACCAAAUCCAGCGAAUUUGAUGUUUGUGUGUAUGUUGACAUGUACAAAUGCAUGGUAGCGGUACUUUCAUGA